AUGGGACUCAGCUGCUUCAAGUCCUGGAAACAUGACAGCACAGGGCACAAAGGUAACAGAGACGUGUUGGCCAGCCCAGGCUCGUACUUCUUCCUGUCCAACAGCGCCGGUCAGGGUGACGAGUGGCUCAAGAGCCUCAACAAAGGAGUCUGGAUCCCUUUCACAGGGGUCUUCGGUCAGCGUCUGGAGGAGACGGUGCUGUAUGAGCGACGUUAUGGGACACUUUUGGUUCCUCUGGUGGUGGAGCAGUGUGUGACCUUCAUCAGGGAUCGCGGCCUGCAUGAAGUGGGUUUGUUCAGGCAGCCGGGGCAGGCCAGUCUGGUGAAAGAGCUGCAGGAGGCGUUUGAUGCAGGGGAGAGACCAUCCUUUGACAGUAACACAGAUGUCCACACGGUGGCGUCGCUGCUGAAGCUGUACCUCAGACAGCUGCCUGAGCCGCUGGUUCCUUACAGGCGCUACCAGGACUUCCUGCUCUGUGGUCAGAAGAUGUUGAACGACCGCACAUGGGGUUUGGGAGAGUUGAGAAAUCUUCUCCAUGAGUUGCCAGUUGCAAACUUCAACCUUCUCAACUUCAUCUGCCAGUUUCUGAACGACGUCCAGAGUUACUCAAGCAGCAACAAGAUGAGCAGCCAGAACUUGGCCACCGUGUUCGGGCCGAACAUCCUCCGAGCCAAAGCUGAAGACCCACAAAGCAUCAUGGGAGGUGCAGCACUGGUCCAGGUGCUCAUGUUGGAGCUGAUCAGAGAGCACGAAUCCCUCUUUGCGAGAGCCCCCCAGUCCAUCUCCGCCCGCCCUCCAGCAGGGUCUCGUGCGUCCCCGGGUGCUCUGAGACAGCCUCACCUCCACCCGACGUCCUGCCACCGCCAGCUGUCCCUGCCUCUCAUCGCAGAGCGCUCCAGAGAGGCCGACAGACAGCAGGCCGCAGACACGCAGAACCUCAGCUGUGCCUACUCGACUGCUGUCAAAUCAGACGUUCCCUUCAGCCAGAAGAGGCUUCUCGGCCAUCGCUACACGUCCUCCCACCCCGAGAACUGCUUCUACCCCCCGCCUUCCUCUAGUCAUCACUCAGACAUAGACUACCACCAGGACCAUGCCCACAAAGAACCACCCACUGCAAACAGUCAAACCUCUACAGCCAGCGUCCAGGUGCGAGACCCACAGCCCAAAUCUCUGCUGGCCUGGCCGGGUCGAGGAGAGGCAGACGCUGGUUUCUCGGGCUCUUACGCUGUAGAGGAUAGGGUUGCACUACCAGAAACAACCAGCGGGGGCAGCAGUGAGGCUCAGGAUGACAGUAACCUCUCUGCCUAUGACAACCUGGACGGCUCGUGUGAGCGCGAGGCAAUGGCGGAGAUCACCGGAGGACAUUUUGAAACGGACAAUCCAGAAACCUGUGGAGAGGAGGCGGAGCUUGAGGAGGAGGCGUGGCAGAUGAAGGACUCCUGCUCUUCAUGGUCAUCCUGUGAGGUACUACCGUUGGAUGAGAGCAGGGAUGAUGCAGACACGGUUAGUCUUGACAUGUCGCCAAAGAGGCCAAAAAAUGUACCUUCAGGUCAGCUGCGAGACGAGGAGAACGAUCGAGAAGACGAUCAUGAAGACAAAAGCAGUGAUGAUGAUGAUGAUGAUGAUGAUGAUGACGACGUCAGCCACCCUAACUCCCCAGCGUCUUGUUUGUUACUCAGUCCUCUGAGUACAGGAAGCUCAGAGGUGUUCCUUCCCGCCUGUCCUCCAGACGCCCCGGCGCCCGAGCCUCAGUCACCGCCCAGAGACGCUCAGAGCCUCCUGGCUGAGCUGCAGUGGCAGAUGGCCCGACAGAAGGCCGAGUACCAGGCAAGGAUACAGAGGUUGGAGCGCUGUAACGACGUCCUGGAGCGGCAGGUCGCAGUCCUGCGGGUCAGUCUGGAGAAGCAGAGGCGCAGCCAAAGCGUCGCCGAGAUAAAGAUCCGCAACAUGGAGCGAGCCAAAGCCGACGCCGACCUCCGGAACACCACCCUGCAGAGGGAGAUGGAGCUCUUCUUCCAAAUGUACGGAGAGUUUAAAAGAGGAGGAUUUGAAGGAGGGAGAGGCGGAGGGAGUCUCUGA